UACUGUUUUAAUGGCUUUUGUGUUCCCAGCUUGGGUCAGCUUGGGGUCACUGCUCCACCUAGAGACAAGGUUGUUAUUCAUGGCGAUGGAAAUCCCAAGGCAAUUUUCAACACCGAAGAAGACAUUGCUUCUUUCACCAUUAAAGCAGUGGAUGAUCCAAGAACUUUGAACAAAAUUCUCUACAUCAAACCCUCUGAAAACGUCUUGUCAAUCAAUCAACUUGUGGCCCUCUGGGAAAACAAAAUUGGAAUAAUUCUUCACAAAACCUUCGUUUCAGAGCACCAAUUAUUGAAGAACAUUCAAGAGGCUGCAUAUCCAUUGAAUUUGAUGCUAGCUUUUGAGUACUCGAUAUUCGUCAAGGGAGAUCAUACCCAUCGUGAAAUUGAAGCGUCAGUUGGAUUGGAAGCUACGUCGUUGUAUCCUGAUGUUAAAUACACGACUGUUGAUGAAUAUCUUAAUCAAUUUGUUUAAUCGUUCUUGUUUCAAGUAAUAUAAACGGUUUUUAGUUUGAGAAUUAUCAGUGUGGGAAUCAAAUCAUUUGCUGCUACGUCGUUGUAUCCUGAUGUUAAAUACAUGACAGUUGAUGAAUAUCUUAAUUUAGUCGUUCUUGUUUCAGG